CAAUCGUGAAAUUUACGAGACUUGCUCGACCUGUAGAUUCUUGUUAUGAAUACGGGCAUCAAUCUUCGCUACUUCGCUUUGACAAUUGACAUAAUGACCGGUGUUUUGGUUUUUGAUUUAUAAUUUUUUUUUUGGAAAUGUAGGUUACAUAUAUUUUAAAAUUAAGUAUUAAAACAUUUACAUGAUUUUUCGAAAUAGUGUACAUCGAUAUUAUUAAAAUGGCAAAUGUUCUUACAAGAAUUAUUUCAAGGGCAGCAUGUGGUAAAUUGGUCAAAAGAGAAUUUUCCAUACUUUCCUACUACCACUAUCCUUGCAUAACUAGAUUAAACAAACGCAUAAACGAUUAUAGUUUUAGUUGCGAUCAUUAUAAUCUAACAUUUCGUAUUAAUCCACAAAAAUAUAGAAUAUGCAAUUAUUCAGACAAGGGGGGUGAAAAGCCACCUGAAAAGUUGACACUGUUUCAGAAGUUUAAGCAAAUGUAUAGAGAUUAUUGGUAUAUAUUAGUGCCAGUUCAUCUUGUCACGUCCAGUAUUUGGUUUGGUGGAUUUUACUACAUGGCAAAAAGUGGUAUUGAUAUUGUACAUAUAUUGGAAUCAUGGCACGUCAGCGAGAAGGUAUUAAAUCCAUUGAGGGAUUCAAGUAUGGGUUAUCUAGCAGUUGCAUAUGCAUGUUAUAAGAUUGCUACUCCAGCAAGAUACACAGUUACAUUAGGGGGAACUACCAUUUCCAUCAACUAUCUGAAAAAAUGGGGUUAUAUCAAGCCUGUACCAAGUGCUGAAAGAAUGAAAGAAAUAUACCAGGAGAAAAAAGAAAAUAUUACUAAGACUGUACGAGAAGGUAUAAAAGAAAAAAAGGAAACUUUUAUGGACAGUUUUCACGAAACCACAGAGGGUAUAAAGGAAAAGAAGGAUAAUUUGUUAAAAACUGUAAAAAAAUCUGCUGAUAUCAAGAAAACAGAGUUUAAGAAAAAAACAUAGUGUAGCUAAUGUAUUGUUUUUUAAUGGUUUUUGUUAAAAUAUAUUAAAUUGUUAUUUUUUAAGAUA